AUGCAGGUGGCUAUCACCCAGCAGAAGGCCAGAUCCUUCCGCCUGAUAUCUACUCCUCUUUCCAGUCCUGAUGUGGCCCAGAGGAUGCACAAGUAUCGGUGCUUAGCAGCAGGACUCAGGGAAGGAUCUGCAGAAUCGGAGCCGAUUCAGCUCUCCAGCCUGGCAAAGGAGCAGAGCCAGAGAUUCCCUCGAGCGCUGACGGUGCCUCUGACACCCGACGCCACUUUCUUGGGCGCGACUGUGCCACCACCGGACCCCGCCUGGAUGCAGCCCACCAUCCGCGGACCGAUGCUGAGAGAGAGAUCCUCCUUUAGAGCCCACUGGGAGCAGCGCUGCGGCGUGUGCGUCAGCUGGGCACAGCUCCGGCUGAGCAGGCUGACCAGGUUCCUCUCCAAAAGGAGAACUCAGGAAUCCAGGCAGCUGAAGAUUGCAGCGCUGCAGGCGAUGUCAAGGACAAAACCUGUGCAUCUGUGGAACGGUGCGGGGCAAGGAGGGAAACGUAAAGCCUCCGCAGAAGCUGAUGCCAGUGGCCUUCCUCUGAAGCGCAGCCAUGUGGAAAGCCAGGAGUGUGGCACAGCACCCAAGAGAGCAGUGGCGAGCAGCUCGGAUGUGCCGGAGGACAUCACGGACAUCCAGGGUUUGCUCUCUUGGAUCAAUGACGUGGCAAGAGCUGCUGAGGUCCCCCAGGAGAACCCCAGCAGCCCUGCCCCUGCAUGUUUCAUCGCUGAGCUCCCUGACAACCCUGGGGACAGCAGAGAGCUCAGCACUCAGGCUGCUACCGGGACGCCCACUGACCCCUUCUGGGGGCUUCCUCCAUCCCCCGGGCUCCUGCUUGAGCUGCAGUGCGGGCUGUCGGAGCUGCGCCCCGUCGUGCCACCAGCGAGCGCCCGGCUCAGCCCACGGCCGACCACCCUGGCUGUCAGCGCACCUCCCUCAGUGCAAACCGCACAGCCCACCGAGGAGGUGCAGCAAAGGCAGCCCCAGGAGGUUCAGGCUCACUCGCCCCCGUCGCCAGGCUCUGUCCCCAGCCAGGUGGCAGAAAAGAAGAACAGGGGCAGCACCAAGCGGGGGGCCAAGCGCCCUGCGCCUGCCGGCACCCUGCAGAAAGGGGAGAGAUCCCAGCAGGAGCAGCCCACCAGCAGCGCUCCUGCCAAGAAAAGGAAGCUGCCGCCCCGCGGGGAAAGAGCAGAGAGGAAAGGCCGCAAACAGCCGUGCCAAGCAAAGCUGUCUGGGGCCGGUGCAGGAGCCAGCGAGCUGCACAAGCACCUGCAGCAAUGCAUCCAGGACGUGCACCCGCUGGGGCAGAGGGUGACUGCGGUGGGCCCGGUGCGCCAGCCACCCUCUGUGCAGCCCCAGCCCUCAGCCAGCGCUGGCCCUGCUGCCCUCCAGCCCCAAGACAGCAAAACAAACAAGGCAGCGCCGGCACCUCCAGGCAGCAUGGCACGAGAGGAGUGCACUGCCAAGAGGACGGCACCGAGCUGCCCGCGCCCAUCCCUGCAGAGGAGCUCACCGCUGCGGAGGGACCCACCAUCACCACCACCACCAGCAGCGCUGCACCAACAGCAGCCUCAGCCGCGGCGCCCCAUGGACUUUGUGCCCUGCGUGGGGCCGCGGGCGGGUGGUGGUGCGGCACCCAUAGUGAUGGAGGAGUCGCUGCCCAUCACAGCAGAGCAGCGGCCCGAGCGGGAGUGCAUGAAGAAGCUGGCCCAGGAAGAGCGGCAGCGGGCAGCCCAGCAGAUGAAGAUCGGCCCCGUGCAGUUCCUGGUGCAGCGGGAGAUAGACAUGGCCAUCGCCGACCAGUACGGCUACCCGUAACCCUGCGCUCCUCGCCAGCCCACAGCACCAGGCAGCAGCAGCAGCAUUCCAGGGGCACCGCCAGCAUCCUCAUCCCUCCUUUCCAGAACCGAGCUGUCCUCUGGAGUCAUCAUGGCAGUGGGAUGGGACGUUACCUGGGCAUCAACUGUUGUGGAAUGGGAAUUUUAGGAUUACUGUCAUUGCUGUUACUCAUUGUUUUCUAUGAUACGUUACUAAAAGCUUUGUGUUC